AUAUGAUAAUAUUCCAUUAAUUUCAGUCUGAAUACUACAUAAUCAAAGGGUUUGUUUGUUUAAGGUUUGUAAGAGGGAGUAUUAUCGUUUACAAUUGUACCAAAAAUAAAUUUCUGUCCAAAAAAAAAAAAGAAAAAAAGCCACAAACAAAUCACACGCUUUAAACUGUCAACUUGCCACGUAAAACAGACUAGAACACAUCGAUCCGACUGAGGUUUGAAAUUGGAAUACAGCGCGCGAAAGUGCUGCUGCAUUCAAGAGGCGCGGGCGGGCGGCCGACGCAUUGGGAUUUACACAACAUCAUCAGAAGGUUUUCCCCUUCGAGCAAUCAGUCAGAACAUGGGCUGGUCUUAUCCCCGAAUAUCCCUGCAAGAGUUGAUCAAAUUGAUCACAAACUUCAUUGAUAUGUUGGUUUUAGCUUCUGGCUAUCAAUCCACUGGUCGCCCCGCGCAUUGGGAUUCACACAACAUCAGAAGAUCCUUCCAAUGGGCGCUUUUUCUCCAGAAGGUAUUGAAGGACCUGACUAGUUCGAUUGAUUAUGAAGAAUCUGUUAAAGAGCUCGACGCUGCUUUGUUGGAAUUGAAAUCCAAUCCUCGUUUUCCUCAGGGUCUACUUCAUAUAUCAUGUGGUACGCUUGUUAAGGCUAGGGAUUUGCUGUUGGAGCAUUUAAUUCAGACCUUACCCUUGAGAGAAUCACAUUUAAAAGCUAUAAUGUUGUCUUGCGUUGAGAUGGACUUGAUCGAGCUUCAAGGAUUAGGGGACGAUGAUUGUGUUGUUGCCUAUGUAGACAAGUUAACGAGAGCAUCGCAAGACCUGGAUUUAAAUGGGGACAGAAGGGUUAAUCAGGGCUCUGAGAUUUCAAUUUUAAAUGGUGGAAGGCCUUGUGAUUUGGUCAAUGGAGAGUUUAGUGUGUCGGCUAUUCAAAAACUUAGACGGAGGCAACUGGCAGCAGCAGCAUGCUCGUCGGUGGUGGAUAAUGGUCUGGAAUGUCUCUGGAAUACUUUAAGGCUAAGUGUACAAGAUGAAUUUGGGAGUGCUUCAUGUUCGAAACUGACGAAGCAGACAGAAUGCCAGAUUGUAGAAGAAUUGCCAGUUGAAUUGGUUGUCUCGAAUCACUGGAGAUCCAGAAGUCUAUUGUAUAUGCUUCACAGGCGAACUAUGAGGCUUGUUUCCAGUGCUAGCUUGAUUUUUUCUGUGCCUGAUGACCAAUGGGCUCAAGUUUUCAAUCAAUUAAAAGCUUCGCCUGAGUGUGAUGAUUCGUGUGAAAUAAUAGAAAUUAUCUUAUUAGGAUGCAUUGCAGAUAGAUGGAGCACUCUAAUUCAACAUCUGAUGUCAGUUUCAUAUGAGUCCAUUCCUGUCUCGAGACUCUAUAAAGAAAUGUUGAACAUACGCCAGGGAAAGGCUCUAAACUUCGGUCUAAAAGAGGGUUUCAUUAAUCCUAAGGAAAAGAGUGCUGUAAACUUUCUUGAGUCGUUAUUCAGCAACGAUCUCAGCCAAUUAUGGAAACUACCCCCAAUUCUUGCAGCAGUUGCAAUUCCUUCAUGGUCACACUUGUUCACAUCAUAUCUUCGUGAGAUAGAGGGCCAGUUCUAUGGAAGUUCUCUCCCAACCAAGUGCUGCGGUUGUCCAGCUGAUCAGAUCGAGCAUAGGGAGUGUGAAGUAGCAGAAAGACUAUGGUGUCUUUAUAUAUUUCACGUGUGUAGAUCAAGAAGAACCACUGGUGCAUGAUUCUUGGUUGCUAUAGCUGGUGAGAUUUUUCUUUGUAAUAUAUGCUUCCCUCUCUACUAUUGUGAUCCUAUUUUAUCUGAAAGGUGUGAUUUGUUUUUCGGCUUUGCUUCUCGAAUGCGAGUGAGAUAUUAAUUUGGAUAAAUUAUAUAAUAUCUCAUUUUA